UGGAAAAAAUUAAAAUGGCUAGCUUCAAGUCAUUAUUGUUAAACAUUUACCUUUUUUCGUUGAUACAAAUAAGCUGCAAGCUAACUGGGAAGAAGAAGUGCGAACAAUGGGACUCGUGGUCUAUGUGCAAGGACGGAAUUAGCACCAGGAUAUGUUUAACGGACAAAUCCGUAACAGAUAAGGUGACCUGCAAGGUGUGUAACAUUUGGGAAGAUUGGUCUGACUGUGAAAAUGGAAAGAGACACAGAAAAGUGGUUAACUGUCCCUUCAUUCGGGAAGACCAGGAUUGUGAUCCAAACAAUUCAAACGAAGAAAACGCCAGAAAUAAUAGCACCAUUUAUUUUAACAGUUUCGAUCAUCACGAUGAGCAAGGUGACAACAUCGAAGAGACCUUGGAGGAAGAAAGCAAUUUACCCGUCACGGGUGAUAGCAGCGAACCGACUUUCCUCGAACAGGGCCCACAUGGGGAAAGAAAACAGCACGGCAUGAGCGAAAGUUUCGCACACGUUGGCAAAGCGGAUGCUACUGCUCAGCAGCACAACGAGGUGUUGACAAGCACGGCCCACUCUGAAGUGUCACCCCCCGCAGGUGAUGCGAACAACGAGAUCCAUGCGAAUCACCCCAACCAAGAUGCAGCGCAUGGAUCACAUAAUAAUAGCAAUGAAGCCCAAACGAAUGCAACACAUCCGAGCAGCCACAACCUCGGAGAUGACCAUGCGGACGCAGCCCCAUCCAGUGAACCAAAAAGAACAAAGAAUUUCCGUGAUCAUAAGUUUGAGGAUUUUUCAAGCACCUCUGGAGAAGGCCAAAAUAAAAACCAUACCGAGGGAAAUACAAAUCGAAGCAGCUUCUACGAAGAGAAAGGAAAUCAGCAUGAACAUAGCAAACAUAAGUGGAGAAGAAAAUACAAUGCAGGAGGGGGAAGUGGAGGUGCACCAAAGUUUAAUCAAACAUACAUCGCUAGUGGAAUGGGUCUUCUCUUUCUCGUAACUGGAAGUGCCGCUAGCUAUGCCUUGUACAAUGGCAAGUACAAGCAACUGAGUGAAGAAGCAAAGAAUGAAAAUUUCGAAGUCAUAUUUAAUGAAGACAUAAAGGCUGGGGAAAACAGCAAGUCCAUGUACGAGGAUGAGUUUUGGGCCCUCGGUU